CACCCUCCUUGCGUUCCUUCACCCUCCUUGCGUUCCUUCACCCUCCUUGCGUUCCUUCACCCUCCUUGCGUUUCUUCACCCUCCUUGCGUUCCUUCACCCUCCUUGCGUUUCUUCACCCUCCUUGCGUUCCUUUACCCUCCUUGCGUUCCUUCACCCUCCUUGCGUUCCUUCACCCUCCUUGCGUUCCUUCACCCUCCUUGGUUCCUUCACCCUCCUUGCGUUCCUUCACCCUCCUUUCGUUCCUUCACCGUCCUUGCGUUCCUUCACCCUCCUUGCGUUCCUUUACCCUCCUUGCGUUCCUUAACCCUCCUUGCGUUCCUUCAGCCUCCUUGCGUUCCUUCACCCUCCUUGCGUUUCUUCACCCUCCUUGCGUUCCUUCACCCUCCUUGCGUUCCUUCCCCCUUGCGUUCCUUCACCCUCCUUGCGUUCCUUCACCCUCCUUGCGUUCCUUCACCCUCCUUGCGUUCCUUCACCCUCCUUGCGUUCCUUCACCCUCCUUGCGUUUCUUCACCCUCCUUGCGUUCCUUCACCCUCCUUGCGUUUCUUCACCCUCCUUGCGUUCCUUCACCCUCCUUGCGUUCCUUCACCCUCCUUGCGUUCCUUCACCCUCCUUGCGUUCCUUCACCCUCCUUGCGUUCCUUCACCCUCCUUGCGUUUCUUCACCCUCCUUUCGUUCCUUCACCGUCCUUGCGUUCCUUCACCCUCCUUGCGUUCCUUUACCCUCCUUGCGUUCCUUCACCCUCCUUGCGUUCCUUCACCCUCCUUGCGUUCCUUCACCCUCCUUGCGUUCCUUCACCCUCCUUGCGUUCCUUCACCCUCCUUGCGUUUCUUCACCCUCCUUGCGUUCCUUUACCCUCCUUGCGUUCCUUCACCCUCCUUGCGUUCCUUCACCCUCCUUGCGUUCCUUCACCCUCCUUGCGUUCCUUCACCCUCCUUGCGUUUCUUCACCCUCCUUUCGUUCCUUCACCGUCCUUGCGUUUCUUCACCCUCCUUGCGUUCCUUUACCCUCCUUGCGUUCCUUCACCCUCCUUGCGUUCCUUCACCCUCC